GCUGCCCGCGGGAGGGAGGCGGGGCCGGGGCCGGGGCGGCCGUGCGGGGAGAGGGCGGCGGCAGCGCCGAGCACAAACUCCGGAGGGGAAGCGGCACCGCCGGCCUCCGCCCCCCGCCCCCACACACACACCCUGUAGCGGGAAGGGGGAAGCAAGCAGCCCGCCCCCUCCCUCGCCGGUCCCGGCGGUGCACGGUCCUUCCCGGGACUCGGUGGCGGCGGGCGCUGUGCCCGGGGCGGAAGGCGAGCGGCGGGUAGCUGGGGCCUGAAGCCGCCGCUGGAGGAGGGGAAGAGCGGGGUGUUCCCGCAGCGCGGGUGGAUGCGCAGCCUGAAGGGCGGCUCCUGCGGCGCCUCCUGCGGCCUCGCCAUGGCCGGGCCCCGACGGUGAAGGCAGCGGGAGCCGCCUGUGUCCGCGCCGCGCCAGGAGGCGGCGCCGCCGCAAGCAGGGGGCGGGCGGGGAGGGGGAUGAGCAGCGCCGCAGCCGCCGCCGCCUCUGCGGGAGCCGCCGCCGCCUGCACCGGGGCCGAACGCGGCUACUCCUUCUCCUCCGGCGGCGCCGCUCCGGCCAUGGGGCCCGAGGAGGGCUCGGCCGGCGGGCUGGGAGCCCUGCCCGCGCCGCCGCUGGGCUGCCGUAGCCGCUACCAGCUGCUGCUCUCCGGGAAGGCCCUGGCCGACAGAUACCGGAGGAUUUACACGGCGGCGCUGAGCGACCGUGAGCUGGGGAGCCACCCGGGCAGAAGUAAGAAACUUUUUAGCAAGAAAAAGUUGAAAAGAAAACAGAAGACUAAAUUGAAAGUGAAAACACGCAACAAGACUGAAAGCCUAGAGAGUACAAUAACCAUACCAGAUAUCAGAUUACAUAGCAAUCCUUCAGCUUUUAAUGUUUACUGCAAUGUCCGCCAUUGUGUGUUGGAGUGGCAGAAGAAGGAAGCGUCUGUGUCUUUGGCCUCAAAGAACAGUGUCCAGAGUGGGGAUUCAGACAGUGAUGAAGAAGAGGAGCCCAAAGAGCCACCUAUUAAACUUCCAAAGAUCAUUGAAGUUGGAUUGUGUGAAGUCUUUGAAUUGAUAAAAGAGACGAGAUUUUCCCAUCCAUCCUUGUGUCUCAGGAGCUUACAAGCCCUACUUAAUGUGCUCCAAGGUCAGCAACCAGAAGGCCUGCAAUCAGAGCCUCCUGAAGUCCUAGAAUCCCUGUUCCAGCUGCUUUUGGAAAUAACUGUCCGUAGCACGGGAAUGAAUGACAGUACAGGACAGUCCCUGACAGCACUUUCCUGCGCUUGCCUCUUCAGUUUGGUAGCUGCCUGGGGAGAGACAGGAAGGACAUUGCAAGCAAUCUCUGCAAUCCUCACCAAUAAUGGCAGCCAUGCUUGUCAGACUAUUCAGGUGCCAACCAUUUUAAACUCUCUUCAGCGAAGUGUACAGGCAGUUCUGGUGGGCAAAAUCCAAAUCCAGGACUGGUUCAGUAAUGGGAUAAAGAAGGCAGCCUUGAUGCACAAAUGGCCGUUGAAAGAAAUAUCUGUAGAUGAAGAUGACCAGUGCCUACUUCAGAGUGAUGGUUUUUUCCUCUAUCUCUUAUGUAAAGAUGGACUUUACAAAAUUGGCUCUGGAUAUAGCGGGACAGUGAGGGGCCAUAUAUACAAUUCUACAUCUCGCAUCAAAAACAGAAAAGAAAAAAAGUCUUGGUUAGGUUAUGCUCAGGGCUAUUUAUUAUACAGAGAUGUGAAUAAUCACAGUAUGACAGCCAUAAGAAUAAACCCUGAAACUUUGGAACAAGACGGUACAGUUGCUUUGCCAGAUUGUCAUACUGAAGGGCAGAAUAUCCUUUUCACAGAUGGAGAAUAUAUUAAUCAAAUAGCAGCAUCUAGAGAUGAUGGCUUUGUAGUGCGAAUAUUUGCCACAAGUACUGAGCCAGUAUUGCAACAAGAGCUGCAGCUUAAGCUUGCAAGAAAAUGCUUACAUGCCUGUGGCAUCUCAUUGUUUGAUCUGGAGAAAGAUUUGCACAUUAUCAGUACAGGGUUUGAUGAGGAAUCAGCUGUCCUUGGUGCUGGGAGAGAGUUUGCACUGAUGAAAACUGCUAGUGGAAAGAUUUAUUAUACUGGCAAAUAUCAGAGCCUUGGAAUCAAACAAGGUGGCCCUUCAGCUGGCAAAUGGGUUGAACUCCCAAUCACAAAAUCUCCAAAGAUUAUUCAGUUUUCUGUUGGGCAUGAUGGCUCACAUGCCUUACUUGUUGCUGAGGAUGGAAGCAUAUUCUUCACAGGUUCUGCUAGUAAAGGAGAGGAUGGUGAAUCAACUAAAAGCAGAAGGCAAUCAAAACCAUAUAAGCCUAAAAAAAUUAUUAAAAUGGAAGGAAAGAUUGUCAUAUCUACAGCGUGCAAUAAUGGAAGCAGUUCUGUAAUUUCCAAAGAUGGAGAACUCUACAUGUUUGGAAAAGAUGCCAUUUACUCUGAUAGUACAAGUUUAGUAACAGAUUUGAAAGGUCAUUUUGUGACUCAAGUAGCCAUGGGCAAAGCUCACACCUGUGUGUUAAUGAAGAAUGGCCAAGUUUGGACAUUUGGAGUAAAUAAUAAAGGACAGUGUGGACGAGACACAGGCUCUAUGAACCAGGGAGGAAAAGGUUUUGGAGUUGAGAACAUGGCAACAGCAAUGGAUGAGGAUCUGGAAGAGGAACUGGAUGAAAAAGAUGAGAAGUCCAUGAUGUGUCCUCCAGGCAUGCAUAAAUGGAAGCUGGAGCAGUGUAUGGUGUGCACUGUAUGUGGAGAUUGCACAGGCUAUGGAGCCAGCUGUGUUAGUAGCGGUCGUCCUGAUAGAGUACCUGGAGGAAUCUGUGGCUGUGGCUCAGGUGAGUCAGGCUGUGCUGUGUGUGGCUGCUGCAAGGCAUGUGCUAGAGAGCUGGAUGGCCAGGAGGCAAGACAAAGAGGAAUCCUUGAUGCUGUAAAAGAGAUGAUACCUUUAGAUCUCUUGCUGGCUGUCCCUGUUCCUGGAGUUAAUAUUGAGGAACACCUUCAGCUACGACAAGAAGAAAAGCGGCAGCGUGUAAUUAGGAGACAUAGGUUGGAAGAAGGAAGAGGCCCCCUUGUAAUUCCUGGUCCUAUUUUUAUGAACCAUCGAGAACAGGCUCUAGCCAGAAUCAGACUCUCUCCAGCACCGCUAAAGCAUAAACGGGACAAGCACAAAGAUGGAAGUGGAGAAAGAGGUGAGAAGGAUGCCAGCAAAAUCACAACAUAUCCACCAGGGGCUGUCCGCUUUGACUGUGAGCUGCGAGCUGUGCAAGUCAGUUGUGGAUUUCACCAUUCAGUGGUUUUGAUGGAAAAUGGUGAUGUUUACACAUUUGGAUAUGGGCAGCAUGGUCAGCUUGGACAUGGUGAUGUUAAUUCCAGGGGAUGUCCCACUUUGGUGCAAGCAUUACCAGGUCCUAGUACACAAGUUACUGCUGGGAGCAACCACACAGCUAUUCUCUUAAUGGAUGGCCAGGUUUUCACAUUUGGAAGUUUCUCAAAAGGUCAGCUUGGCAGACCAAUUCUGGAUAUGCCCUACUGGAAUGCAAAACCAGCACCUAUGCCUAACAUAGGCUCCAAAUAUGGGCGCAAAGCUACGUGGAUUGGAGCGAGUGGAGACCAGACUUUUCUCCGGAUCGACGAAGCUCUCAUUAAUUCUCAUGUACUUGCUACAUCAGAGAUAUUUGCAAGCAGGCAUAUAAUAGGUUUGGUACCAGCUUCAAUAUCAGAGCCUCCUCCUUUUAAAUGUCUUCUGAUAAACAAAGUAGAUGGCAGUUGCAAAACAUUCAAUGAUUCUGAGCAGGAAGACCUUCAAGGUUCUGGUGUGUGUCUGGAUCCUGUCUAUGAUGUUAUUUGGAGGUUUCGCCCAAAUGCCAGGGAACUGUGGAGUUACAACGCAGUAGUUGCUGAUUCCAGGCUUCCUUCAGCUCCAGACAUGCAAUCCCGGUGUAGUAUUUUGAGUCCAGAACUUGCUCUUCCAACAGGUUCCAAAGCUCUAACCACCAGAUCUCAUGCAGCUUUGCAUAUUCUAGGUUGCCUUGAUACUUUGGCUGCUAUGCAGGACUUAAAAAUGGGUGUUGCAAAUACAGAAGAAGAGACUCAAGCAGUAAUGAAAGUUUAUUCUAAAGAAGACUAUAGUGUUGUUAACAGAUUUGAAAGUCAUGGAGGAGGCUGGGGUUAUUCAGCCCACUCAGUAGAAGCUAUCCGUUUCUGUGCUGAUACAGAUAUAUUGCUAGGUGGUCUUGGUCUUUUUGGUGGUAGAGGUGAAUACACUGCUAAAAUAAAGUUAUUUGAAUUGGGUCCAGAUGGGGGAGACCAUGAGACAGAUGGAGACCUCCUUGCUGAGACAGAUGUCUUAGCAUAUGACUGUGCUGCCAGAGAGAAAUACGCAAUGAUGUUUGAUGAGCCAGUUCUCCUGCAAGCUGGCUGGUGGUAUGUAGCCUGGGCGAGAGUGUCAGGACCUAGCAGUGAUUGUGGAUCUCAUGGACAGGCCUCUAUUACUACAGAUGAUGGUGUUGUAUUUCAGUUUAAAAGUUCCAAGAAAUCAAAUAAUGGUACAGACGUGAAUGCAGGGCAGAUUCCGCAAUUACUAUACAGGUUGCCAACAAGUGAUGGCAGUGCAUCCAAAGGAAAACAGCAAACUAGUGAACCCGUACAUAUUUUAAAGAGAUCUUUUGCCAGAACUGUCUCAGUGGAAUGCUUUGAAUCUUUACUGAGCAUUCUUCACUGGAGUUGGACAACGCUGGUGCUGGGAGUUGAAGAACUUCGUGGGCUGAAGGGUUUCCAAUACACUGCUACUCUUCUGGAUUUAGAAAGGCUGCGUUUUGUGGGCACUUGCUGCCUGAGAUUGCUGAGGGUCUACACCUGUGAAAUAUACCCAAUAUCAGCUACAGCUAAGGCAGUUGUAGAAGAAACCAGCAAACUAGCAGAUUGCAUUGGAAAGACUAGGACCUUGCUGAGAAAAAUUUUAUCUGAAGGAGUUGACCAUUGCAUGGUGAAGCUGGACAAUGAUCCACAAGGAUAUCUUAGUCAGCCUCUCAGUCUGUUAGAGGCUGUUCUUCAGGAAUGCCAUAAUACAUUUACAGCUUGCUUCCAUUCAUUCUAUCCAACACCAGCUCUCCAGUGGGCAUGUCUUUGUGACUUGCUGAACUGUUUGGACCAGGAUAUCCAGGAAGCAAACUUCAAGACCUCCAGCAGUCGGCUCCUUGCAGCUGUCAUGUCUGCUCUGUGCCACACUUCCGUGAAGCUGACCUCCAUCUUUCCCAUUGCCUACGAUGGAGAGGCCUUGCUGCGCUCCAUGGUCAAACAAGUCAGCACUGAGAACGACUCUGCCCUGGCCCAUCGCUUUCCUCUUCUGGUUGCACACAUGGAAAAGCUUAGUCAGAGUGAAGAAAAUGUUUCAGGGAUGACAAGCUUUCGGGAAGUGCUGGAAAAGAUGUUGGUCAUUGUUGUUUUACCAGUACGGAACAGCCUUAGAAGAGAAAAUGAACUUUUCUCUUCACAUCUAGUUUCCAAUACCUGUGGGUUGCUUGCUAGUAUUGUGAGUGAGCUUACAGCAUCAGCAUUAGGAUCUGAGGUUGAUGGGCUGAAUUCUCUCCAUUCUGUCAAAUCCACUCCGAACAGAUUUACUAAAACAAGUCAGGGAAGAAGCUGGAAUACUGGGAAUGGAUCCCCUGAUGCCAUAUGUUUCUCUGUUGACAAACCUGGUGUAGUUGUAGUAGGAUUUUCUGUUUAUGGUGGAGGAGGAAUUCACGAGUAUGAGUUGGAGGUAUUAGUUGAUGAUAGUGAUCAUACUGGAGAUGCAACUCACUCUCAUAGAUGGACAUCAUUAGAAUUGGUUAAAGGAACUUACACCACAGAUGAUUCUCCUAGUGACAUAGCUGAAAUCAGACUUGACAAAGUUGUUCCACUGAAGGAAAAUGUGAAGUAUGCAGUUCGUUUGAGGAAUUACGGAAGCCGGACUGCCAAUGGAGAUGGUGGAAUGACCACGGUUCAGUGUCCAGAUGGUGUAACCUUUACAUUCAGUACAUGUAGUCUGAGCAGUAAUGGCACCAACCAAACACGAGGACAAAUCCCACAGAUCCUUUAUUACAGGAGUGAGUAUGAUGGUGAUCUGCAGUCACAGCUGUUGAACAAAGCUAAUGAAGAGGACAAAAACUGUAGCAGGGCUCUUUCUGUCGUGAGUGCUGUUGUACGAGCAGCCAAAGACUUGUUGCACAGAGCUCUUGCUGUUGCUGUUGAGGUCUUUGGCCUGGUACAACAGCUGCUUCCUUCUGUGGCUGUUCUGAAUCAGAAAUACGCCCCACCAGCUUUUAACCCAAAUCAGUCUACAGACAGCACCACUGGAAACCAGCCAGAGCAAGGGCUUUCAGCUUGUACUACCUCCAAUCACUAUGCUGUUGUAGAAAGUGAGCACCCCUACAAACCUGCCUCUGUUACACACUAUAAGGUGACUUUUCCUGAAUGUGUCAGGUGGAUAACAAUAGAGUUUGACACUCAGUGUGGCACUGCUCAGUCAGAGGAUGUUCUUCGUUUACUAAUUCCUGUCAGAGUUGCACAGAGCCUGGGAUUUGGACCAAAGCAUACCUCUGUUCAUGAGAACCUUAAUUCAUGGAUAGAACUGAAAAAGUUCUCUGGAUCUUCAGGAUGGCCUACCAUGGUGUUGGUAUUGCCAGGGAAUGAAGCACUUUUUUCUCUGGAGACUGCAUCAGACUAUGUGAAAGAUGAAAAAGCUUGUUUUUAUGGUUUCAAAUGUUACGCAAUUGGAUAUGAAUUUAGUCCAGGAAGUGAUGAGGGUAUUAUUCAGCUGGAGAAAGAACUGGCAAAUUUAGGAGGAUCAUGUGCAGCAGCUUUGAUGAAGAAAGAUUUAGCGCUUCCUAUUGGUAGUGAGAUUGAAGAAGAUCUUGAGAUACUUGAAGAGGCUGCCUUACAGGUGUGCAAAGCUCAUUCAGGCAUUCUUGGAAAAGGCUUGGCACUAUCUCACUCACCAACCAUUUUGGAAGCUCUCGAAGGAAGUCUUCCCCUGCAGGUACAAAGCAACGAGCAGUCGUUUCUGGAAGAUUUCAUUGCUUGUGUGCCAGGAUCAAGUGGUGGACGACUUGCAAGGUGGCUGCAGCCAGAUUCAUAUGCUGAUCCUCAAAAAACAUCAUUGAUUUUGAAUAAGGAUGACAUCCGAUGUGGUUGGCCAACUGUUAUUACAGUACAAACAAAAGACCAGUAUGGGGAAGUUGUUCAUGUUCCUAAUAUGAAGGUGGAAGUCAAAGCUAUUCCUGUUUCUCAGAAAAAAACAUCUUUGCAACAAGAACAAGUUAAGAAAGUGCAGCGGAUACCAGGCAGUCCUGCAACAGCUGUUUCCCCUAGCAGUGAUAUGACCUUUGGAGGACUUCCUUCACCAAAGCUUGAUUCCUCCUAUGAGCCAAUGAUAGUAAAAGAAGCUCGGUAUAUUGCUAUUACAAUGAUGAAAGCAUACGAAAAUUAUUCUUUUGAAGAACUACGUUUUGCUUCACCAACACCAAAGAGACCCAGUGAAAAUAUGCUGAUCAGAGUCAAUAAUGAUGGUACAUACUGUGCAAACUGGACUCCUGGAGCUGUUGGUCUAUAUACCAUUCAUGUUACUAUAGAUGGCAUUGAAAUAGAUGCUGGACUAGAAGUGAAAGUAAAAGAUCCUCCAAAAGGAAUGAUACCUCCUGGAACCCAACUUAUCAAACCAAAAGCAGAGCCUCAGCCAAACAAGGUUCGCAAAUUUGUGGCCAAGGACAGUGCAGGGCUUCGUAUCCGUAGCCACCCUUCCCUUCAGAGUGAGCAAAUAGGCAUAGUGAAAGUCAAUGGAUCCAUCACUUUCAUUGAUGAGAUCCACAAUGAUGAUGGUGUUUGGCUGAGGCUGAAUGAUGAAACAAUAAAGAAGUAUGUUCCUAACAUGAAUGGUUACACUGAAGCCUGGUGUCUGUCUUUUAACCAACAUCUUGGCAAGAGCCUUCUGGUACCUGUUGACGAAUCUAGGUCUAAUGCUGAUGAUUUUUUCAAAGACCUAAAUUCACACUGCCCACAGGAAGCAGUGAUGCAAGAAGAAGACAUGCCAUUCCUUCGAGGUGGACCUGGAGUGUACAAGGUAGUGAAGACUGGCCCAUCAGGUCACAACAUCAGAAGCUGCCCUAACCUUAGAGGUAUCCCAAUUGGAAUGUUAGUUCUGGGAAACAAAGUCAAGGCAGUGGGCGAGGUGACUAAUUCAGAAGGUACGUGGGUGCAAAUGGAUAAGAACAGCAUGGUAGAGUUCUGUGAAAGUGAUGAAGGCGAGGCAUGGUCAUUAGCUAGAGACAGAGGUGGAAACCAGUACCUUCGACAUGAAGAUGAGCAAGUCCUUCUAGAUCAAAAUGUGCAGACUCCUCCCCCAAGUCCUUUUUCAAUACAAGCUUUCAGUAAGGGGACAAGCUGUAGUAAUGGACAAGGGUUUGAUUAUGGCCUUGGAAAUAACAAAGGUGACCGAAUGAAUUUCACAGGAGCUGCUAGACCGAUUUCUCCAGCAGGAAAAUCAGACAUGGCAUCAAAGCACAGAGCUGACUGCAGGUCGCCCAAGCUUGAUGUGCGCAUGAACCGAGCUGCUGCCGAGCAGAAGAAACCCAGAAGUACCGAUGGCCUAUCAGCCAGCGAGUGCCUGAUGCUGAAAUCAGACGCUGCAAAGUUGCGCUCAGACUCGCACAGCAGGUCUUUGUCGCCAAAUCAUAACACUUUGCAAACACUAAAAACUGAUGGAAGAACAACUCCUGGUCUGAGAGCUGAAUCUCCAGGACCGGGAACUCGGUCGUCUUCUCCAAAGACAAAGACGCUUACAGGCAUUAGAUCUGGUGCUAGUUCUCCACGAUCCUCAUCACCCAAUGACAAAACUCUACCUCAGAAAGCUUCAUCCCCUGUAAAAACAAAGCUUGAUCCUCCUCGAGAACGCUCCAAAUCAGAUUCUUACACGUUAGAUCCAGACACCCUUCGCAAAAAGAAAGUGCCACUGACAGAACCCUUAAGGGGGAGGUCCACUUCACCCAAACCAAAAAUUACUACAAAAGAUGAAAAACCUGCACCAGAAACUGAAAAUAGAGCUCCUUCCCCUCACGUCGUACAAGAAAAUCUUCACAGUGAGGUAGUUGAAGUCUGUACUUCGAGUACUUUAAAGACUGACAGCAUUACAGAUACCACCUGUGAAGACAACACCGAAUUCAGAAGCCUGGACGAUGGUUCUAAUAAAGUUCAUUUUAGCAUUGGAAAAGCACCACUGAAAGAUGAGCAAGACAUGAGAGCAUCUCCAAAAGUGAGCCGUAAAUGUGCUGGCAGGCACACAAGACCCAAAAAGGAAAAAUCCAACUUCCUUUUCAAAGGAGAUGGAUCAAAGCCCAUAGAGCCUGCCAAGCAAGCAAUGUCACCUUCUGUUGCAGAAUGUGCUCGAGCCGUAUUUGCUGCAUUUCUUUGGCAUGAAGGAAUAGUUCAUGAUGCCAUGGCAUGCUCAUCUUUUUUGAAGUUUAAUCCAGAACUGUCCAAAGAGCAUGCACCCAUACGGAGCAGUCUUACUCAACAACCUGCAGAGGAAAAAGAAACCAAGUUGAAAAAUAGACAUUCAUUGGAAAUAUCAUCUGCUCUCAACAUGUUUAACAUCUCACCUCACGGACCAGAUAUAUCUAAAAUGGGUAGCAUCAAUAAAAACAAAGUCCUCUCAAUGUUAAAAGAACCACCUCUGCAUGAAAAGUGUGAGGAUGGAAAAAAUGAAACUACCUCCUUUGAAACAUCCAGUCAUCACGCAAUGAAAUCUAAGUCUCCUCUUCCGUUAACACUGCAGCACUUAGUAGCUUUCUGGGAAGAUAUUUCUUUAGCAACUAUUAAAGCAGCUUCCCAAAACAUGAUUUUUCCAAGUCCUGGUUCUUGUGCAGUGUUAAAGAAGAAAGAAAGUGACAAAGACAACAAGAAAGCCAAAAAGGAGAAAAAGAAAAAAGAAAAGGUUGAAGCUAGGCCAAGGGGAAAUCUUUUUGGAGAGAUGGCCCAACUUGCAGUAGGAGGACCUGAAAAAGAUACCAUCUGUGAGUUGUGUGGAGAAUCCCAUCCAUAUCCAGUGACUUACCACAUGAGACAAGCUCAUCCAGGCUGUGGCCGCUAUGCAGGUGGCCAAGGUUACAACAGCAUUGGGCACUUCUGUGGAGGAUGGGCUGGGAAUUGUGGCGAUGGUGGCAUUGGAGGGAGCACGUGGUAUUUGGUGUGCGAUCGAUGCCGAGAAAAGUAUCUCCGUGAAAAGCAAGCAGCAGCAAGAGAGAAGAUUAAACAAUCUAGGAGAAAACCAAUGCAAGUUAAGACACCUCGUGCCUUGCCAACUAUGGAAGCUCAUCAAGUGAUUAAAGCAAAUGCACUGUAUUUACUAUCACUGAGUAGUGCUGCUGAACCCAGUAUCCUCUGCUAUAACCCUGCAAAAGCAUUCCAAUCUCAACUUCCCAGUCUAAAAGAAGGAAUUUCUGAAGACUUUCCCAUUAAGAUGCCAUGUCUCUAUCUACAGACAUUAGCAAGGCAUCAUCAUGAAAAUUUUGUUGGGUACCAGGAUGACAACCUGUUCCAGGAUGAGAUGAGAUACUUGCGUUCAACUUCAGUACCUGCACCGUACAUCUCCGUUACUCCUGAUGCGAGCCCGAAUGUCUUCGAAGAGCCAGAGAGUAACAUGAAAUCUAUGCCCCCAAGUUUGGAAACCAGUCCAAUCACAGAUACAGAUCUUGCAAAGCGUACAGUCUUUCAAAGAUCAUAUUCAGUUGUUGCAUCAGAAUAUGACAAACAGCACUCAAUUUUGCCAGCACGUGUAAAAGCAAUCCCCAGGAGACGAGUCAACAGUGGAGAUGCAGAAGUGGGGUCCUCUCUCCUGAGACAUCCAUCUCCUGAACUUUCUCGGUUAAUCUCCGCCCACAGCUCUCUUUCCAAAGGAGAGAGAAAUUUCCAGUGGCCAGUAUUGGCAUUUGUAAUCCAGCAUCAUGAUCUAGAAGGACUUGAAAUAGCGAUGAAACAAGCCUUACGGAAAUCUGCUUGCAGAGUCUUUGCCAUGGAGGCCUUCAACUGGCUUCUUUGUAAUGUCAUUCAAACAACUUCUCUCCAUGAUAUUUUAUGGCAUUUUGUGGCUUCCCUGACUCCUGCACCCGUAGAGCCUGAAGAAGAAGAGGAUGAGGAAAAUAAAUCAAAUAAAGAAAAUGCAGAACAAGAAAAAGACACACGAGUGUGUGAACACCCUCUGUCAGAUAUAGUGAUUGCUGGGGAAGCUGCUCACCCCUUACCCCACACUUUCCAUCGCCUUCUUCAGACAAUCUCUGAUCUUAUGAUGUCUCUUCCCAGUGGUAGUGCAUUGCAGCAAAUGGCCUUAAGGUGCUGGAGUCUUAAAUUCAAACAAUCUGAUCACCAGUUCCUGCACCAGAGCAAUGUUUUUCAUCAUAUCAACAAUAUUUUGUCGAAAUCUGAUGAUGGAGAUAGUGAAGAGAGUUUUAGUAUCAGCAUUCAGUCUGGUUUUGAAGUCAUGAAUCAGGAACUGUGUAUAGUAGUUUGUCUGAAAGACCUAACCAGCAUUGUUGACAUUAAGACAUCAAGCCGACCUGCCAUGAUUGGUAGUUUAACAGAUGGGUCUACAGAAACGUUCUGGGAGUCAGGAGAUGAGGACAAAAACAAAACUAAAAACAUCACAAUCAACUGUGUAAAAGGAAUCAAUGCACGUUAUGUUUGUGUUCAUGUAGACAAUUCCAGAGAUCUUGGGAACAAAGUGACCUCCAUGACCUUCCUAACUGGCAAGGCAGUAGAAGAUCUCUGCAGAAUAAAACAGGUAGACUUGGAUUCAAGACAUAUUGGCUGGGUAACAAGUGAGCUUCCUGGGGGUGAUAAUCACAUCAUCAAAAUUGAAUUGAAGGGUCCAGAGAACACAUUAAGAGUUCGACAAGUGAAAAUUCUUGGCUGGAAGGAUGGUGAAAGCAUUAAAAUAGCAGGCCAGAUUUCUGCGAGUGUGGCUCAACAAAGAAACUGUGAAUCUGAGACACUGCGAGUAUUCCGACUUAUAACAUCCCAGGUAUUUGGGAAACUUAUCUCCGGAGAUGCUGAGCCAACCCCAGAACAAGAAGAAAAAGCACUGUUGUCAUCCCCAGAAGGAGAAGAAAAAGUACACAAUGCAACAUCAGAUGCAGACCUGAAGGAGCACAUGGUAGGGAUCAUUUUCAGCCGGAGCAAACUGACGAAUUUGCAGAAACAGGUGUGUGCCCACAUCGUGCAGGCCAUCCGGAUGGAGGCGACGCGCGUGCGCGAGGAGUGGGAGCACGCCAUCUCCAGCAAGGAGAACGCCAACUCGCAGCCCAGCGACGAGGACGCCUCCUCGGACGCCUACUGCUUCGAGCUGCUCUCCAUGGUGCUGGCGCUCAGCGGCUCCAACGUGGGCCGCCAGUACCUGGCCCAGCAGCUCACUCUGCUCCAGGACCUCUUCUCCCUGUUACACACGGCUUCUCCCAGGGUGCAGAGGCAGGUAACAUCAUUACUGAGGCGUGUUUUGCCCGAGGUAACCCCCAGUCGCCUUGCAAGUAUUAUAGGGGUGAAGUCUCUUCCACCAGCAGAUAUAAGUGAUAUAAUUCACUCAACAGAAAAAGGAGAUUGGAACAAACUAGGUAUCUUGGACAUGUUUUUGGGAUGCAUUGCCAAAGCUCUCACUGUACAGCUAAAGGCCAAAGGAACUACUAUCACAGGGACAGCUGGCACUACUGCAGGCAAAGGAGUCACUACAGUCACACUUCCAAUGAUUUUCAAUUCCAGCUAUAUUCGGCGAGGUGAAAGUCAUUGGUGGAUGAAGGGGUCAACACCUACACAGAUUUCAGAGAUCAUCAUUAAGCUCAUUAAAGAUAUGGCAGCAGGUCAUCUGUCAGAAGCUUGGUCACGCGUGACAAAGAAUGCUAUUGCUGAAACCAUCAUAGCUCUGACCAAAAUGGAAGAAGAGUACAGAUCACCUGUGAGGUGCAUUGCAACAACCAGACUGUGGCUGGCCUUGGCAUCCCUCUGUGUACUUGAUCAGGAUCAUGUUGAUAGACUAUCCUCAGGAAGAUGGAUGGGAAAGGACGGGCAACAGAAACAGAUGCCAAUGUGUGAUAACCAUGAUGAUGGUGAAACUGCUGCAAUCAUUUUAUGUAAUGUCUGUGGGAAUUUGUGCACAGACUGUGACCGAUUCCUUCAUCUCCAUCGGCGAACAAAAACUCACCAGAGACAGGUGUUCAAAGAAGAAGAAGAAGCUAUCAAAGUUGAUCUCCAUGAGGGCUGUGGUAGGACCAAACUUUUCUGGCUGAUGGCAUUAGCAGAUUCAAAAACUAUGAAGGCUAUGGUGGAGUUUAGAGAACAGACAGGCAAACCGACCACCAGCAGUUCUGAAGCAUGCCGGUUCUGUGGAUGUAGGAGUGGAACAGAAUUAUCAGCAGUGGGAAGUGUUUGUUCUGAUACGGACUGCCAGGAGUAUGCUAAGAUUGCCUGCAGCAAGACACACCCCUGCGGUCACCCCUGCGGAGGUGUUAAGAACGAAGAGCACUGUUUGCCGUGCCUGCAUGGCUGCGAUAAAAACGCUACAACUCUGAAACAAGAUGCUGAUGACAUGUGCAUGAUCUGCUUUACUGAAGCACUUUCAGCAGCACCAGCUAUCCAGCUGGACUGCAGCCAUGUUUUCCAUUUGCAAUGCUGUCAGCGAGUACUAGAAAACAGAUGGCUUGGCCCAAGGAUUACUUUCGGGUUUAUGUCCUGCCCAAUUUGCAAGAACAAAAUCAAUCACACAGUAUUAAAGGAUUUGCUUGAUCCAAUCAAAGAACUCUAUGAAGAUGUAAGGAGAAAAGCACUAAUGAGAUUGGAGUAUGAAGGGCUGCACAAGAGUGAGGCCAUCACAACGCCAGGUGUUAGAUUUUAUAAUGACCCAGCUGGCUAUGCUAUGAACAGAUAUGCUUAUUACGUUUGCUACAAGUGCAAAAAGGCAUAUUUUGGUGGUGAAGCUCGUUGUGAUGCUGAGGCUGGACAAGGAGAUGAUUAUGAUCCAAGAGAACUUAUUUGUGGUGCCUGCUCUGAUGUUUCAAGGGCUCAGAUGUGUCCCAAACACGGUACGGAUUUCUUAGAGUACAAAUGCCGCUACUGCUGUUCAGUUGCCGUUUUUUUCUGUUUCGGGACAACGCAUUUUUGCAAUGCUUGCCAUGAUGAUUUCCAAAGAAUGACAAGCAUCCCUAAAGAAGAGCUCCCACACUGUCCUGCAGGUCCCAAAGGUAAACAACUUGAAGGAACAGAAUGUCCACUUCAUGUUGUCCAUCCACCCACUGGUGAAGAAUUUGCUCUGGGUUGUGGGGUUUGCAGAAAUGCACACACUUUUUAGAAUAGCAUUUUUUUUAACCAGAGCAGAACAGGUGCCCUCAUCCCUCAAGUGUCCUGAAAACAAAGUCCAUCUGGGAUGAGGAUGGGACCAUUCCAUAACCCAGGUAAAAGGAACAAUUUACAGUGCAAGAAGGAUGCCAAAUACCAUGUACAUAAUUCUUGCUGUGAGAUAUUGACAUUUUUUGAACCGAGACAUCAAAAUUUGUGAGGUGUUUGCAUGUGGCCAUUACAGUCAUCGGCUAGGAAACAUUGGACAUUUACAAAUAAACAAUUGUUAUUAAAGGAUCUGUGUGUCUGUGGACUAUGAAUGAUGCUGGCUUUCAGACGAAAGAAAAAAUAUUGAUUAUUGUAUACUGACUUUUUGUAAUCUUGUACAAUUGUAACGCAUCACAAGUGGGGAUGGGAAAGAGGAAUAUUCUGGUUUAUUUCCUAGACUGUUAUAAAAAAUGUGUUAGGAAGGCAUAAAUGUAACAAGUAUCACCCUGUAUAUAAAGGUAUCAAUGUUUGUCCUGUAUAAGAAAUAUUAAAUUACAACAGCAGUUUCAUUUAAACUUCUGGGUUAUGUUUGAGCCUGAAAUUUUAAUGAAGUGCAAUACUGAGUGUGCCUCAUAUCUUGCAGCUGUAAACAUAAUGGAAUGUACAUGUCAAUAAAGCCACUGUACAUUUUUAUACAGUGAAA